AAUAAUAAUAUUUUAUUGUUAUAGGGAUAUCAAACCGGAUAAUAUUCUAUUGGACGAAGAGGGUCAUGCACAUAUAACCGACUUCAACAUUGCAACAGUAUUGGAAGAUACACAUCUGGCGACUUCCAUGUCCGGUACGAAACCCUACAUUGCACCGGAAAUAUUCGACUGUGCUAUGGACCUCUGCGUGGGAUAUUCUUAUGCGGUCGAUUGGUGGUCACUGGGAGUUGUCGCCUACGAGAUGAUCAGGGGUUGUCGCCCGUUCGACAUCCACUCAAGCACGAGCAUCCAUGACGUUCGAGUGCUUUUUCAAUUAGGCGUGGAAUAUCCUCAAUCGUGGAGCGAGGAUAUCGUAGAUCUUCUCACAGAGUAAGAAAACGUAAAAUUUAAUUAAUCCAUCGCAUCAAUUUGCA